CCCAUACUGCUGGUCAGCUAUAAAAACGGUCUGUAAAGGAAUUUGGAUCAUUAUUGUUGAAUCAGUUGUAAAACUUCUAUUGGCCCGGGACAGCUAAGAUUAUUCAAGCUACGACUGUAUCAUGGAGAGUAAGUCCUGUUUUAUCCAAAGUAAAGAGAAUGGUGUUCAAGGCAAACGAAUACAUGGCAACGGCGUGCAUCAUGCUGCCAAGACGGGUAGUAUUAAACCGGCCGAACAGAAGGCCCGGAAACCGCGAUGGAACAUCCGAGCCUCCGAGAUGUCCAGGAACACCCUGAAUCCCAUUCGCGCCAUCGUGGACUGCAUGAAACUGACGCCAAACCCUGACAAACCAAUGAUCGCGCUGUCCAUCGGAGACCCCACUGUGUUUGGGAACCUGCCCACUGACGAGAAUGUCCUACAGGCCAUGAAGAACGCCAUUGACUCGCACAAGUACAAUGGCUAUGCUCCUUCAGUGGGCUACAUGCAAAGCAGAGAGUCGGUGGCAAAGUUCUACAGCUGUCCUGAAGCUCCACUGGAAGGAAAGGAUGUGAUUUUGACCAGUGGCUGUAGCCAGGCCAUAGAUUUGGCCAUCAGUGUGCUCUGUAACCCAGGACAGAACAUUCUGGCACCCUGCCCUGGCUUCUCUCUCUACAAGACUCUGGCUGUGUCCUUGGGCAUUCAGGUCAAACUCUACAACCUGCAGCCAGAGAAAUGCUGGGAGAUAGACCUACACCACCUGGAGUCUCUGAUCGAUGAGAAGACAACCUGUCUGAUCGUCAACAACCCUUCCAACCCCUGUGGCUCUGUCUACAGCAAGGAGCACCUGCAGCAAAUCCUUGCAGUUGCCUCCAGGCACUGCAUCCCCAUCCUGGCUGACGAGAUCUAUGCGGAUAUGGUGUUUCCAGGCUGUGGUUUCCACUCCUUAGCAGCGCUCAGUACAGAUGUGCCCAUCCUGUCCUGCGGUGGCUUGGCUAAGCGAUGGCUGGUGCCAGGCUGGAGAAUGGGCUGGAUCCUCAUCCAUGACCGGGCCCAAGCUUUCGGACCUGAGAUCCGGGAGGGUCUGGUAAAGCUGAGCCAGCGUAUUCUGGGUCCCUGCACCAUUGUCCAGGGAGCACUGGACUGCAUUCUGAACAAUACACCCCAGGACUUCUACAGCAAUACCAUCAGCCUCAUCCAGUCAAACUCACAGAUUUGCUAUAAUGCCCUGUCCACUAUCCCUGGCCUGAGCCCAGUGAAGCCCUCAGGAGCAAUGUACUUAAUGGUGGGGAUCGAGAUGAAACACUUUCCCAGUUUCCAAAGCGACGUGGACUUCACCGAGCGCCUGGUGACCGAGCAAUCUGUGUUCUGCCUCCCGGCAACGGCCUUUGAUUACCCCAAUUUUUUCCGGAUCGUGGUGACAGUACCCCAGCACAUGAUGGUGGAGGCCUGCGGUCGGAUCCGGGAAUUCUGCCAGGCCCACUACUGUCCCAGCAGCCCAGACAGAAAUGAUCUGGACCAAUGAGCCGCGAGGACAGACACGGGGAAAGAGAGAUGAGAGAGGGAGGGAGAACAAGAGAGAAAGAUGAAGGAAAAGCUGGAUAGUUAGGGGAGGAGUGAAGAAAGAACGGAAAAGGGAUUAAGGAGGGAGUCGAUUCUUACCUUUUACACCAUGGAAACACAAAUUGAAAAUCAAAUGAGAUCUAUUUGUAUUUCUGUAGCUUUUUGUAGGUGGUCAAAUGCUGCCUUCCUGUAUUUAUUGGCUGUUGCCAUAUUCAUUACUAACCUUGAAGUGCUGUGGUUGCUUUGACAGCUCCUCUAUUGCUGGAGCUCCCUCGAGUGGAAGAGCUCCGGCAGGCUUUCAGAGCCAGGGGCUAGAGUUCUGCUCCUUCCCUUUAUUCUUGCUCUGUACUGGGGGCAGGCCAAACCCACAAGCUUGGGCAGAUCCAGGCAGCAGAAAACAAAAGAGGUAUACAGAAAACAACACAGGUGUAUCUCAGUCCUGCUUUUUGAGCUGUGCAGUGAUAGCCUUGCAUAUAGUCAUGCCCCAUGUAACUGCAUACUUCCUUGUAUUAUCAGUACUGUUCUAAUACCCUCUGUGGAGAUCUAUACAAUAUGAUGUAUCGAGUGUAUGCUUUACAUCUCUUAGAUUCCACUACGUGCUCAGUAAAUUUUGACUUCUCAUAGUGGAAGUCAGAACCACAGUUGUUCUGUUAUUUUAUUUUAUUCAUUAUUUUCAUCCUGUGUCAAUUGCAUGGUCAUGUAAUGAACAAGUUAAUUGAAAGGAUGGGGACAGUUGUGUCAAAUUGGUUGUUUUUCCUUUGUGCUAAUCAAAUUAGUGUUUCAAAUGAAACAAUGACUAUGAGGCAAAAUUCACAAUGUCUGCAUUUAUUUUAUGUGUUUUUUAAACAGGCAUUGAACUAUAGUGCCCUCCAAAAGUAUGGGAAUGGUGCAAUUAAAUUAGUUAUUUUUGCUACAUAUGUAAGGCAUCUGGAUUUCAAAAGAUGAAUAUGAAACAAAAGUACAGAUUAUUUCAUGGUAUUUGCAUGCAUUUACCCAAGCAGUUCCAUUCUCGCACUGCCACUAAUUUUCAUAUUCAAUUUUUUAGAAACAACUAUGGUCAUAGAUCCUUUUUUCAUGCAUAUACAAUUUGCCCGCUUCCUGAGUUUUGCUAUUAUUCCAUAUAUCGGAUCUUUAGACAAAAUACAAUAUUUGACAAAGUAAACCUGAGUAAACACAAAACAUUUUUCAUGAUUCAUAAAAAAGCUACCAAACACCCAUAUCACUCACGUGAAAAAGAUAUGAAACUAUUCAGUGUGACAAAUAUGCAGUAAUAGAGGAAAUCAGGAAGGGGGCAAAUACAUUUUCACGGCACUGUACUAAGACAUGGAACACUAUCACUUUUGCUCAGAACCAUCCCCCCACUCACAGCCUUCAAAUGAUCAUACAAGCACUUACCUGAUUUAAAACCAGUCACGUUCUCAGUGAUCCUUACUUGAAGCUAUCCUUGCUUUCUUUUAUAUCUAUAGAUUUUCAGUUUUCUCUAUUUUAAUGUUGCUUUCUUUUUAUUAAGCUGUUUCCUUUUAUUUAACCCCCCCCCCCCAGGGAAGAAAACUGCACUGCAGAACAGUUUCUAAACUUGGGGUGGGCCCAGGAUUAUUUGUAAUUAAUGUAUAUUGUACAAACAUCUUGUAUACGUGUUAUGCUUUUCAUUUUUCCCCCUGUAUUAGUAAAUAAAUUGAAAACUGAAAUUGAAA